AUGGCCGACAACACCAACAACCCUUUCGGACCCGACGCCCAGAGGGCGGAGAUGAUGGCGGCGAUUCUGGGUGUCCACGCCAAACUUGACGUCGUCGCGAAGCAGCUCGAGACGCAAGGUGCUGCCAUCGGCACACUCGGCGAUGGUGUCGCACAGCUGCGCGACGCGCAGACCAACUACGGCCGCGUCGUCGACGCCCUCAACGACAAAGUUGGGACCAUGAACGUCAACCUCCGCGUCGAGACGCGCGCACUUCAUGUGUCCGCCACCAUUGGAUUCGCCAGGAUCGUCGAGAAGCUCCGCACGCACAGGGAAAUCCUGUGGGAGCAAGCGCGCCAGGUCGUGGACGCUGUCCGGGGUAUGUUGCGGGAAGUGGUGGAGCAUUUCGCCCCCGCCUAA